UAUAAAUAUAUAUAUCUAGUGUUAUUAUCCCUUCUGCUGAAAUUUUCCGGAGAUUAUUUCCUUCACGGAUCCACGGUUACGUGUAUGUUAUAUAAAAGACCGUUUAAAUAGUUUUUUUUUAUAUUUAUCCGCGGAAUUGUCAGUUUGUGUUACUAAGAGUUGCAUUGAGUUUGGAUAAAAAUAAUAAGUUUUUAUUUUUUUUAUUUAAAAAUGUAUUUAGUUUUUAUUUUUGUCUGCGUCAACAUUUUAGCUGGAAAUAUUUACGCAGCUUCUGUUCCAACUGAUAAAAUUCGAGAGGAGCCAAAAGAAUGUCCAGAGUAUCCAGAUGAUUUUACUCAAACGCUAGAAAUCGAAGAGAAAAGUUACCGCGAUGCAUUGGCCGCCGGUAAUUUAGCCGCCAUCAGUCCAAAGGAAAUGGAACGAAGAACGACUUGUGUUUACCAGCACCUGGGACUGAUAAAACCUGACAAUUCUGGUGAUUUACAAUCAGUAUUGAGUUUCCUAAUCAUAACAAAUCCAAUUAUCAAGGAACAAAUUCCCUUUCCAGAGGAAAAAUUGGAAAAUCUCAAGAGAUGUCUUGCUAAGAAGAGCGACAGUGCAGAUGAAGCCAGAGACUGGAUCAAUGUUUGUAUAAGAGAAAAUUUCCAGUCACGUUCUUUAGGAUACGAAUCAGAUGUUACUGACCAAUGUCCAGAAUACCCGGAAAAUAAAAGUAUGAAAGAAAUAAUCGAAAUGGAAGAGAGAAAUUACCAAGCCGCCUUGAGGGAAAAAAAUUUCGCGGCCGUCAGUGACAAAGAAAUGGAGCGAAGGACGACUUGUGUUUACAAGCACCUGGGAUUGAUAAACCCUGACAAUUCUGCUGAUUUACAAGCAGUAAUGAGUUUCUUCUCUAUAAUUAGUCCAGUAUUCAAAGAACAGAUUCCAGUUCCAGAGGAAACUUUAGAAAAUCUUAAAAGAUGUCUUGCUAAAAAGAGCGACAGCGCAGACGAGGCCAGAGACUGGAUCCUCGUAUGUGUACAGGAAAAUUUCCGGUUAGUUUCUUUGGAGAACGAACCAGUUGCUGGAAAGUGCCCAGAGUACCCGGAAGAUAAAAGUAUGAAAGAAAUAUUGGAAAUGGAAGAGAGAAAUUUCAAAGCCGACAUAAGUGAGAAAGAAAUUCAGCGAAGAACGACUUGCAUUUACCAGCGUCUGGGAUUGAUAAAAUCCGACAAUUCUGCCGAUUUACAAGCAGUAAUGAGUUUCUUCUCAAUAACUAGUCCGGUAUUCAGAGAACAGAUUCCAGCUCCAGAAGAAAAAUUAGAAAAUCUCGAAAGAUGUCUCGCUAAAAAGAGCGACAGCGCAGAUGAAGCCAGAGACUGGAUUCUCGUGUGUGUAAAGGACAACUUCCGGUUAUAUCCUGUAGGAUAUGAAUUGGAAGUUGGGCCAAUUUAUAACAGUUUGAAAAAAGUUUCGAAAAAAUGCCCAGAGUACCCCGACAAUUUGAUGAAAAUAAUGGAAAUUGAGGAGAAACAUUAUCAAGUCGCUAUUUUGAAUAAAAAUUUCGCGGCUAUUAGUGAAAAAGAAAUGGAACGAAGGGCGACUUGUAUUUACCAGCACAUGGGAUUGAUAAAUCCUGAUAAUUCCGGUGACUUGCAAGCAGUAAUGAGUUUUUUCUCCGUAACAAAUCCGAAUUUCAAGGAACAACUUCCAGCCCCAGAGAAAAAAAUAGAAAACCUCAAGCGAUGUCUCGCUAAGAAGAGCGACAGCGCAGAGGCAGCUAAAGACUGGAUCCACGUCUGCGUAAAAGAAAAUUUCCGACUAUACCCUUUGGAGUAUGAAGCAGAAUUCAAAACCUACCCGAAGAAACAUAUAAAUUCUAUUUAAAAAAUUAUUUGUACAAUUUUAAUAAAUUCCGGGAGUCAGAGGACUUGGAAAUUUUUAAAUGUAAAGUGAUGAGAAAAAAAUAAAAAUAUAUAUACAUA